AUGUUGAGCUCGCUGGUUCAACGAGCGCAGUCAAUCAUAGAGCAAAGCCCGCUCAUAAGUAGUAACGACAGACACCCUUCCAAGGCCGCCUUGUUCCGAGAACAGUUUCGUCUACCAGAGUCGCAGCACCCUGUAGCAGAGAUAAGUGCUGAGCUCUUCGUCCCUCUUCCAUACUCCUCAAGUACUGGUGUCCAGCCUCCUACAGUCGGUGAGAAAGCAAAAGAUAAUGGUACUAGGUACCUAGGUGAAUUGCACCUCAGCGAAUCCUUCCUCUGCUUCUCUACCUUAAGAACAAGCUUCCUUCCUUCGGCAACCCAUGCCUCGUCUACGAGCUACACCGGUCAGACGGGAGGUGCAGGACCAGGCGGACAUGGCUUUACGAUUCCUCUCUGUAGUAUACGACGAGUCGAAAGGCUGAACAGCGCACCACAUGUUUUUAACCUUGCCCUUACAGUCUGGGACAAGUAUGCUCAGCAACAAGCCACGACCGUCUCGGAGAAGCCUUCUUCUGCCCUGCCUGUGCGAAAGUUGAUCUUGAACCUCGAGGGGAGCAGGCAAGGAGCAGAACGUUUUUGUGACUAUCUGAAGAAGUGUCUAAGAGAAAGUAUGCGCGAGCUGGAUGGUCUGCGUACUACCACGGCAGAGUGCUAUUCGGAGUACUUGAUGAACCCUCUAGUGCUGCACAGUAAGGCAAGCAGGGACCCGGACAAAACCCUCCCAGAACCUCCUGACGUUGGUCUCGGUGCUAUCUUCAGAUAUCCUGGGGAUGCUAGGAAGCUGAGAGACAGGAGCAAGAUCCGCUUAUGGACAGAUUACAUGCGCGAGAACGGAAGAAAUGUGACUUUGGUACGACAGCCAACAUUCCACAAGCUAAUACGUGUUGGCCUGCCAAACAGGUUGAGAGGAGAACUUUGGGAAAUAAGUUCGGGCUCCUUCUAUACGCGACUCAGGAACCCAAACUUAUAUCAGAAGACUCUCGACAAGUUCGUGGGCAAAGAAUCACUCGCAAUCGACGAGAUCGAGAAAGAUCUGAACCGCAGUUUGCCCGAGUAUGCAGGAUAUCAAGACGAGCGCGGCAUCGAGCGACUACGCCGAGUGCUUACAGCAUACAGCUGGACUAACGAAGAGGUUGGCUAUUGCCAGGCUAUGAAUAUCGUGGUUGCGGCAAUUCUCAUCUACACUUCGGAACCACAGGCAUUCUUCUUGCUUUCAGCUCUUUGUGAUCGAUUCGUUCCCGGAUAUUACUCUAAAGACAUGUAUGGAACUCUCUUGGACCAGAAAGUGUUCGAAAGCCUGGUGGAGAAGACCAUGCCAGUCUUGUGGGAGCAUCUGGUCAAAUCUGAUGUCAACCUGUCAGUCGUGUCAUUGCCGUGGUUUCUGUCGCUCUACAUCAAUUCUAUGCCUCUCGUAUUUGCCUUUCGUGUACUGGAUGUCUUUUUCUUGGAGGGUCCGAAAGUCUUGUUUCAGAUCGGUCUUGCUAUCUUAAGGAUCAACGGCGAAGAACUACUGGAUGUGACCGACGAUGGAUCGUUCAUCUCGAUCUUAAAGAACUACUUUGCUAGGUUAGACGAAUCAGCACAUCCUACUUCCCAGAAUGAAAAGCUCAGAGCAAUCACCAGAUUCCAAGAGCUGAUGGUAACAGCCUUCAAGGAGUUUGGUGCAAUAACACAUUCGACAGUCACCGAGCUUCGCGAGAAACACAUUGAUAAUGUCAAGGAGGGACUUGCGACGUUUGCUAAACGGACGUCAAUUCGAAAUCUUGGUCCAGAGAGCAAGAAGCUCAGUACUGAGGAUCUUAGCACGCUCUAUGACCGCUUCUUCAGCAUACUGCGGCAGCGGCAGGACCGAGCAAAAGCCAAGGAUGAAGAGAGACGAAAAUCUGAGCUGCAGAAUCGCCGACCAGGUGUGAGAAGUUUGAACUCACACAACGCGUCCGAUGCACCCUUGAGUGGAAAUUCGCCUUUGCAGACUAUGGACUAUGACGCAUUUAGAGAGUUUCUUGCGAAUACAGCAAAGUGGGCUAUGACCGAUUCGCCUACAGCGUCUAAUAACGAGCUCAGUACUCAAAAUGGUAGCAUAAGAGCCAGAAGCAAGUCUGUAAUGAAUGUAUGGGGUGCUGGACCUGAACCCGCUGAUCACGAUUUUAUGCAACGACUUUACGGUAAAUGGGAUGAAUCCAAGCAGGGCGCACUCAACCUCCAGAAUAUUGUGAAUGGCAUGGCAAGAUUAAAAGGCACGACUGAUAUAAUGAACUCAAUGAGCCUCUUCUUCGACUUAUUUGACGACGAUGAGAAUGGCAAAGUUGACCGGGAAGGCAUUCUACGUAUGUCUGAAUCGUUGCUUUUCCUCUCACGCAGGGGUUUCGAUGGUGCCAUUACAGAUCCUGACUCGAGCAACGGGACAGCUUCAGCACCACCUGCAGAUCUAUCACCUGGUCUCAGCGGUAUGAAGAUGACCGUGAACGAAAAGUUCUUGAGUAGUGUUAGCGCCUUCAUCAGAAGGUGUUUUGAGUACGCUGACCCUGAUAAACCAGAAGAGGAGGUGCAUGAAAAGGUCACCGAUUUACACUUGUCAGCCACACCUACAGAUGACUUACUCGACUUGACGGAGACACCCUCGCACACCAAACCGAUUACUUCGCCAAGGUCAACGAGUACAGAUCCUCUAUCAUCAAACUCUCCAUUGCUGACGGCGAACAGCUCGAUGGACAUGACGAGAAGAAACUCCACACGGGCUGUGUCAAGUAACGUGGCUUUAGACCCCAACAAGCCACUACACAUUACCUUACCCACCUUCCGCAUGGUGAUUUUAGCAGACGAACUCCUCGAGCAGUUCUUCGAAACAUUCUUCCCACAGUCUUUCCGACUAGCCUCGUCUGCUAAUGGCUCUGAACUCAACAGCUCCUCUUCAACUAGCACGCUAUCUGGCAACCUGACGACUUUCGCCAAUAUAGGACAACCAGUCCGCAACCUAGCGAGCAAUUUUGGAAGCAGAAAAGAAGCAGUACCCGAUGUUGGCCUAGCUGGUGGUGUAGUAGAGCCCGGAAGUCGUGGCAUACGCGGUGUCCUAGACAACAUCGUCAACGACGGAAUGCGCAUGGCCGCAGAGAUGCGCAAACGCAUGGACGAAGCGCAACGCGAAUUCGAGCGACAGCAACAGGACGCUAUCAGGUCAGGCCGCAAGAACACCGCAGGAACCGAGGACGACGACGAAGAUGACGAAGACGAUGAUUUACACGCACGACGUGCCGACCGUGAUCUACUCGAAGGAGCAGAAGCAAGCAGUAUCCGGACCAGCAAGAGCGAAGCCAGCAUUCGAAGUGGAAGCACAGGCGGCAGUGGCGACGUCAGUGAAAUGCUAGGAAGUGAUAUGACUGGAUUCAGGAGUAAAGGCAAGGACGUUGAUCGGAGCGUGAUUGGGACGAGCUUAAUGGACGAACCUGUGCAACUGAGCGCUGACCAGAAGAGUAAAAUUGAGUUUGAGCAGAAGUUUGCGCUAGAGUAA